AUGACUGCCGCUUCGGAAGAAGGGGAUAUUCCCACCGCAGCUCGCACCGAGGCAGACCUCGUCAAGGAGGAAGACCCAAAGACAGCCUCCGAUAAUGAUACGGCAGAACCCGAGCGUCCCGUGCGAAGGAAGCUUCAAGAGACGCGAAUCACAUCAGACGGAAAUCCUUCCGUGCCAAAUGACGACGACGAGGCUGAAAACUCAUUAGACGACGACAGGGGCCGUUUAAAGAAGAGGUCUCAUGAUGACCUGCAAAAUGAGGAAGAGAUGACCGAGCAACAGCAACAUCGGCCCGAGAGCGGACAUCGUAGGAAGAGGUCGCGUGACGCCAAAGAUGACGAUACCGAUCGACAGUCCACCCCUGAGCCGAGAACAAACACAUCGGCGCACAUACUGAGUCCAAAGAAAAAGAGAAGCAUAGAUCAGCUGCAAGAAGAUGGCGGAAGCGCUCUUAGCCAGAAUAAGCCAAGCGUCGAGGAGAGUGAGAAUGCACGAGCGGAAGGAGAGCGUGAGACAAAAAGAUAUCGCGACGCUUCAAAGGAGAGACAGACUAGUAUUGAGGAAGUGGCUACUUCUGCAAAGCCGUCUUUACCAAACGCUUUCUUGAACACAUCCGCUGUCUCACCGUUUGCCUCGCUAAGCUCCAAGUCAUCCGAAGGCCAAGAAUCCAAGGCAAAAAUCACAUCCUCCUCAGCAUUCGCUGCAUCCGGUCUGGCCUCCUUUGCAGGCCAGGAACAAUCGCCCUUUGGAGCAUUGGGAAAGCCAGCGAAUACGCCGUCGGUUUUUAGUAAGCCGGCUAUUACAACCGCAACAUCAGAAGAGAAAAAGCCUCUUGGCAGUGGUUUUGCUGCAGCUUCGACUACAAGUUCGUCUUCUCCAUUUGGAAAUACCGGUGCUUCAGGGUUCGCUGCUCUCGGCUCUGGUUCUGGCUUUGGAAGUGGCUUUGGUGCUACUACUACUGGAGGGUUUGGUGCAAGUACAGGAGGGAAGCUGAGCAGCUUUGCUUCUGCCACUAGUUCAGGCUUUGGUGGUUUACCUGCAAAGCCGUUUGGGGCUGAGCAAGAGGCCGAUGAGGAGGAGGAGGAGGAGGACGGGGAGAGCAAGGCAGUAACUGGCACUUUUGAAAAGGAGAAGGAAGACGAACGGUUUUACGAGCAGCAAAUCGAAACCGGCGAAGAGGACGAACGAACUUACUUCUCCUGCAAGGCCAAACUCUUCCAUUUCUCCGACAAAGUAUGGAAAGAACGAGGCGUGGGCACAUUCAAAGUCAACGUCAAAGAGCCUUCGAGCGAUGAAUCGUCCGAGAGCGACAGCGACAACGAGGCAAGACGCAAGAAGAAGAAAUCCGCGCGUAUGAUUAUGCGCGCUGACGGCGUGUUACGCGUUAUGCUCAAUUCGCCCAUUUUCAAGGGCAUGCCCGUCGGAGAUGUGUCCGGUGACGAACCCAAGGGGAAACAAUUGAAUCUGGCCAGUGUGGAAGAUGGUAAAACCGUGCCAUUGCUACUUAGGCUUGGCAACGCAGAAUCGGCAAAGGAGUUAUACCAUGUUAUAAUCGAUUUGCAGAAGCAUAUGUGA